AUCACUUCCUGCUUUAAAAUGUCAACAAUUUAUAAGUCAAUGAAUUUAGAUUAAUUUUGAUUACAGUCGGACGCUUAUCAAAAUGGCCUGUUGUCCAAAAGGCGACACUUUUGUCAGCCCUUGCCUUAAAUAUGCAAUUUUCUUCUUUAAUUUUGUUUUGUGGUUGUGUGGGGUUUUGAUGAUUGCAAUUGGAGUUUGGGCAUUUAUCGAAAAAAACAAAUACUAUUACCAGCAGAUUGAGACAAUAUAUGACAUAUUCUUGGACCUUUCAAUUCUUCUUAUAAUUGUUGGAGGAUUCAUUUUUAUCGUGAGUUUCGCUGGAUGUGUUGGUGCCUUAAGAGAAAACCUCUGCUUCUUACGAGUGUUCUAUGGCUCCAUUAUUCUAGUGGUAAUUGCGGAGGUAACAGUUGCUGUGUUAGCCUUUGUAUACAAAGACAGUGUUCACAAAGUGUUGACAGGCAUCCUGGAGGAGGGGAUGAUUCAGCGUUACCAAGACGAUGAGGAUGCACUUAUGGACUGGGCUCAGGAAAAUAUUAAGUGUUGCGGCAUAAAGAACUACAAAGACUGGAACAUGAAUAUGUAUUUCAACUGUACAAAGGAAAAUCCAAGCGGACUUCGGUGUGGUGUUCCUUACUCCUGUUGUAGAGAUCCUGAUGCUAUGAGUCCUGGAAUAAUCAACAUACUCUGUGGAGCCAAUGCCUUAAAUGACUCAGCUACAACAUUUUCAACAACCAGUAAAAUCUACACAAUGGGGUGUGUCGAUACCUUUGUAAACCUGGCAGAGUCGAACCUGCCGAUAAUCGGGGCAAUCGUUCUCGGGCUCGGGGUCCCACAGCUGCUUGGAAUCUGUCUUGGUCGGCUGCUUGAUGGGCAAAUCCAAGAUCAGAUGGUGCGAUAUCGUCGGGCAAACCACUAGCAGAAUUUUGUUUCAUUUCAAAAAUAUCACCACUAGCAGGAACAUUAGUGACAGUCAUCUUUUUUCAGGGGUCUUACUUGGCUGCAAGGGAAAUUUGUUAUAAGUUUAAACCUUGUCUGCUUGGUUAUUAAUUAAUUCAAUACUUGAAAUUCUGCAAAAUUCUGUUCUUUGUUUCAGUUUUUACACUCUGGGUUUGGUUUAGGGUCAUAUGGCAGAAGAAGUUUGAUUAUUGAUGUAAGGUUACUCUUGGUUAGGUAUCUUUUCAAUGUGACAUCAGUACUUUAUCUAUGUUGUAUUCAGAAAUAACCUGUAUGUAUAUUUGCAAAUACUUAAUUUUAGUCUUAAGAAAGUAUUGCUUGUAUGUUUUAUUAGUUUCUCAUUUUUUAAAAAACAACAGUGUUUUGCUUAACUAAUGACAUUAUAGUACGAGGAUUGUUAAAAAAGAUAAUUGUAAAAUUUUGUAAGACAUACCCACAGUAUUAUUUUUUAAUUGACAUGUUGGUCAGUAAAAUUAACUGAACAAUAUCUUUCCUUGCUAACUACUAUACUUCAAGCAUAAUUGCAGCUAAAAUGUAAGACUGCUUUUAUGUAGAAAUUUGGCCAUUAUCUUUAGUGUUUGAUCAAGAAGUGUAAUUCUGUUAAAAACCAACAACUUGGAAUUAUAUACUAGUAUACCCUAAUCAUUUUGUUCAAUGUGAAAAUGAAUUGUUUUUAAUAAUACCAAUAUUUGUGUAGUUAUAUGUGCAGAAAUAUCAUUUAAUUGAUAAUAUGUUUUUUAUUGAGAUUUAAGAAGUUAAUCAUUUUACAUUUAUGAUGGUCAAUUUUGUGUCAUUUGCUUUGUGCCAAUCAAGGUAGAUAGUCCAUACAUGUAUAGUGAAUAUUAUAUGAUAUUCAAAUAUUUAGGUAUUAAAGCUGCACCCUCAAAGAUUGAAUGUUUUUCAUUUUUUGUCUUGGAAGGAGCCUUUUUUUGCGAAAAUCCAUGGAAACUGGCUAAAUAGACUGCUGACAAAAAACUAGAUAGUUAUUAACGGUUUAAGCCAUAAAACAUUAAUUUUCGAACGGAAAUAUAAAAAUCUGCGAUAUGAUCUUUUGUCAGCAAUCUUUUAUCAUUUGUUUUCAGAUAUUUACGCAAAAACUGGCUCUUUCCAAGACAAAAAAGUUUUGAAAAUUGUAAAUCUGUGAGAGUGCAGCUAUAAUAGUGUAUAUGUUUUAUACCUGAGCAAGCUGACAGCAAUGUGAACAGGAGAUACAAUGUUAUAAGAUCUUUACUCCUCAACUCCAGUAUUGUUGGAAAUAUUGCUGACCCAUCAUUUUACUGUUUUAUAAAUUCCUGUUUUUA